UUACGACGGAGGAUAAGGGAGUUCUCAUGAAUUGAGAUAGCUCUUGCUUAGAGCCUGUUCGCGUUGUACUAGAGAUGGAGAUGGUGCUUGAUCUCCACCUACAGCUCGUUCGCUACGUAUCCAUCUCCAGACAAAUUUUAAGCCAAUCACAGGACAGAUAUGGGAUGGCUCUCCUCCCCACUUGAGAAAAUGCAGUGCGGCCACGCGUGCGGCACAUGCCGCUGCUCAAGGCUCGUCGGUUCCUGCGCCCCCCGCACGUCAUGACGAAACGCCAGCGUUCGAGCCCCUCGUCUCGCUGACACCAUCUGCCGGUGAUGAAGGUCUGCUGCUAGAAGGUCCGAGACUGCGUCCACAUUUGUUCCGCUACCUCAAGUAUCAGUGGCGAUGUCUGCUACGCUAGAGCCUACUCCCGCUCCAUCUCGCAUGCUCAAGCGUCUGCAAGCCUCGGCCGCACCGCAAGCAGCACAGGGCCGAGGCAAGUCUCGUCUGAAAGGAGCUUCUAACGUCAAGCCGUCGUUUGCCUGGACACCGAGAGCGGCCGAAGUGCUGUUGCGGCUUCGCUACGAUACCAUGAGAGGUUGGUUUCAGGGAACGAGGAGCCCCAAGCAGCUUACUGCGGCAUGGAAAAUGCUUGCUGCCGAAACAUUCCGCCUCGGAGGGCUUGAAGUUGAUGCAGAGCAGUGCAAGUCAAAGGUGUGUAUGAUGACAAACUAUUGACAGG